CCAAACACGAGUAGCUGAUUAAGAACGCGAGCGAGGCUACUGAUCACCACCUGUCGUCUGACCUGCUGCGACCUGAUCGACUGAGCGCAGCUGAAAGUACACGUACGUACUCGUUGCGUCAUUGCUUGAUUGGGAGAGAUGGAGGCUGCAUCAUCGUCGUCGACGUCAUCGCUGAGCGCGCUGCUGCGGCACAGGCUGCGGGCCACCGUGCGCCGCUGCUUCGGCAACGGCGGCGGCCGCCUGGGCCUGGGCGAGCGGAUGCGGUGGCGCCGGCGCGCGGGCGCCGGGGAGUUCCGGUACAACCCGCUCAGCUACGCGCUCAACUUCGACGGGGGCGACCUUGUCGGCGUCGACGGCGAGGAGGACCGCCGCCGCCGGGAUCGCUUCCUGCACCGGACAUUCUCGUCGCACCUCACGCCGGCGCCGCGUGCCGCCGUCGAGGCCGCGUAGCGCCUCGCCUUGAGAGCUUGGCGGAGUGGCGGUGACUGAAUCUUGAGAUCGAGUACUUGUGUGCAGAGUGUCUAUCGAUGCGUUUACGGUUUAUCCCAGUAUCAUGUUGAUUAUAGACAUGCGCAGCAAAGUUGAGUAAAUGUUCUUACAUUAUCGAUCAAAUUUAUCCCGCUUUCGGAAGAAUGAUCGAGCUUGAG